AACAGGUUUGCCUGCGGGAUGUCAGGGUCCAUGAGCAAUAGGCAAAAAAAGUGGAUAGAAUUUUGCCCGCAUUUCCCGCCAGUGCGUGCAAGAUAGUUCCGACCAAGGUUCAACGCGUUCAGUAUUCGUUCCUGAUCUCUCACUCUCUCUCUCUCUUUUCCUCUCUUUUCUCUCCUCUACCCAUCACUCGCUCCAUCAUAACAUUUCACAUUCAUUGCAACCUCAUUUCAGUCGUUCACCAUGUCUCAAAUUAAAGUCGGCGAUACUCUUCCUUCAAUCACCCUCAAGUACUGCCCAUAUGACCCCUCGCUCAAGGAUGCAUGCGGCAUCCCUCAGAACUUGAGUACGGAUUCCUUUAAGGGCAAGAAGGUCGUUAUCUUCGGUGUCCCCGGUGCAUUCACUCCCACCUGCAAUAACAACCACCUGCCCGAGUACCAUCAAAAGUACCAGGAUCUUGUCAACAAGGGUAUCGACCAGGUCGUGUGCAUCAGCACCGCAGAUGCCUUCGUGAUGGAUGCCUGGGGCAAGUGGACAAAUGUUAGCGACAAGGUUAUCAUGGCUGCCGACGGUAACGGUGAUUUUGUCAAGGCCACUGGGCUUGUGCAAGAUUUGACGAAGGGUGGCAUGGGUGCUGUCCGCUCCAAGCGCUUUGCUAUGGUCGUCGAGGAUAUGAAGGUCACCUACAUCGGUGUUGAGACCCAGUUCGGUGUCUCUGUGUCAGGAGCCGGUGCUGUUCUGGCUAAGUUGUAAAAGUUAUUCGAGAUAGGCUGCAAAUAAAUAACAAAAAAAAAAUGCAUUUUUGUUUUUC